UAAAAGAAGAAAAAAUUAGAUGUCGAUUCGAAGAGAAGAAGGUUCCUGAGUUUUCUUCGACCGACGCGAUUUCUGUUUGCCUAAAUAAAACGCUCUCUUCGUCUUCGUCGGAGCAAUUCUGCGUUCGUUCUUAUCGAAAUUCUGCGUUCGUUCUGAUCGAUUUAGCUGUAGAGUGAGAGAGAAGAGAGACGCGCACAUGGCGUUGAAUCCCCAGCUUUUUCCCCAUGGGAUGCCCGUUCCCUUCGUCAACGAGCUGUUCGUCUUGUCCAGAGACGGCGUGGAGUUCGAGGUCGACAAGAUCCCCGGAUCCCAAGGAGGUCGGGUGAAGGCGAAAGGGACGAUAUAUUUGUCAAAUAUUCGGAUGGUCUUUGUGGCAAGCAAGCCGGUCGGGAACUUCAUGGCCUUUGAUAUGCCCCUGCUUUAUGUGCAUGGUGAGAAAUUCAACCAGCCGAUAUUCUUCUGCAAUAAUAUAUCUGGCUUUGUGGAGCCUGUUGUCCCAGAUGAUCAGCAUCGGGCACUCUACUCAACUCAUUCCUUCAAGAUAUUGUUCAAGGAAGGAGGAUGUGGGACGUUUAUCCCGCUGUUUUUCAAUUUGAUCUCCUCCGUUCGGCAAUACAACCAGCACCUCAAUUCCACGCCACAGCCUCGUGUGGAUCCUCUACAGGCAGCGCAACCUCCAGUUGACGAAAUGAUGAGACACGCAUAUGUGGAUCCGAAUGACCCGACAAGGAUCUUUCUGCAGCAGCCAACUUCUGAGUCUCAGCUCAGGCGGCGCAACUACCAUUCCAACUCUUCCGAGAAUGCCAUAUGAUUGGAGCUUUAAAACAAUGAUGUAUCUAUUUACGAGGUUAAAUGCCGUGUUCUUAUUCUGUGAGUUGAUAUUUUGAUGCACAAGGGGGUAUAUAUGUCGUGACCAACAUGACAAUAAACUCUGUAAAGUUCACAGAUAUUAAAGAGUUUAUAUGCUGUUAUGCUUUAUGUACAUA